AUGUCCCGACCAAUUACCGUGGACGAUAUUCCCAAGGCAGUUUUGGUGGGCAAGCCGCUUCUGUACUUCACCACAGGGUUUGUGAGUCUGUGUGUGUUUCUUUUUGGAUAUGACCAGGGUUAUUUCAGCUCGAUCUUGACAAACACCUAUUUCAAGGACUACUUUGACAACCCCACUGCUCUGGAGAUUGGAACAGUGGUGGCUAUUUUGGAGAUCGGUGCGUUGAUCUCGUCCUUAAGCUUGGGCCCCAUUUCCGACAAGCUUGGCCGCAGAAAGACUACCCGGCUGGGUGCCUUUAUCUUCUGCAUAGGAGGUAGUAUCCAGUCUGGGUCGUCGUCGAUUGCCCAUUUGGCAAUUGGACGGUUUGUUUCUGGUAUUGGCGUUGGGUUUCUUUCGGGAACUGCCCCUUCGUUCCAGGCAGAGAUCUCUGCCCCUGAAAACCGCGGGCUACUGGGUUCUGCGCAGUUCACUGGAAAUAUUAUGGGCUAUGCUUCUUCGAUCUGGAUCGACUUUGGAUGCAGUUUCAUCGAAAGCAACUGGUCGUUCCGCAUCCCGCUGAUGUUGCAAGUGGUGUUUGGGUCCAUAUUGUUCCUGGGCACGUUUGCUUUGGUGGAGAGUCCUAGAUGGUUGCUCGAGCACGACCACGACGCCGAAGGACUCGUGGUCAUCGCAGACCUGUUCUCCGACGGCCACGUCCACAGCGACAAGGCGCGCGAGGAGUACAAGGCCAUCAAGGAGUCUGUGCUGAUAGGCCGGCUCGAGGGCGACCUCAACUACCUCGACGUUUUCAGACGGUACCCAAGGAGAAUUUUCGUGGCCAUGACGUCACAGAUGUUUGCGCAGUUCAACGGUAUCAACGUGAUCUCGUACUACGCACCACUGGUUUUCGAACAGGCCGGCUGGGUCGGCAGAAACGCCAUUCUGCUCACGGGAAUCAACGCCCUGUUGUACGUUCUCAGCAGUAUUCCGCCCUGGUUCCUCACAGAGAGCUGGGGCCGCAAACCGGUCCUGAUCAUGGGCGGACUCGUUAUGGGGCUUGCACUGUGUGCGGUCUCGACGUUCUCCAAGAUCGAGACCUCCAAUAGCGCCACCAUGGUGGUGAUCUUUGUCAUGAUCUACAACUCCUUCUUCGGGUGCAGUUGGGGCCCUAUUGGCUGGCUCAACGUCGAGGUGCUACCAACCAAGGCGCGCGCGUCCGGAGCAGCCAUGGCCACAGCCACAAACUGGCUGUGCAAUUUCGUGGUCGGCGAGCUGGCCCCUUUGUUGCUCGAGAAAAUCCAAUGGAGACUGUACCUGAUCCACGCCACGUCGUGCUUCAUCUCCGUCGUGACGGUUUGGAAAAUGUACCCAGAGACCAAGGGGCUGAGUCUGGAGGAGAUGGACUCUGUCUUUGACGACAGAUCGUCAGUUUACUCGACCCAUUCCGGUAACCUGUCCGGAUUUGGCUCCACGAGCGAUUUGGAAGCAUGGGGAAACAGGUCCGGUCUGAUCACAGGCAAUACUCCACAGGCGGCCAGAAACCCUGCUGCCGCCGCUGGCGAGAACAACCCGCUAAUCCCUGGCUCCAAGCCGUUUAUCCUGCCACAGGAUAUCGAGCCUCCUGAUCUGGCUACCAUCUACAAGUUCAAAACAGACGACUCGCACUCGAUCCGCGGCUCGCUGCGCAAGGGGUCCGAGGCAGUGUCGUCGAUCUUCAGACUGCACAGAUCCAACCACGAAGAUGCCAGCGUCGCGUCAGACUCCGUCUCUGAGCGGUUUAUCAAUACGUCGCAUUAA